UUUCAAUUAAAGGAUGGGUUAUGAAUCGUUAUUUGCGUGCUGCAUUGCGAAACAAAUAUAUUAAGUUAUAUACCAAAUGUUUUCCCUGCGCUCCGAAUGCAUAUAUUUAAGUAAUUGUGAAAGGACCUGAUCAAAACGGAGCACAAUGUCGGGAAAAGCAGCCAGGGCUUUUAUCAAUUUCUUAAUAUUUCUUGUUAGCAAUAAAAGAUUAUUCUGGAUAUUUGUGAUCCUGGUUUCUGGCUGGAACAUGGUUACCAUAUUCAUUCUUUUGAAGAACAGAUAUGAAACGGACUCCACGAGUAUUGGGGUCUCCACUGCUUACAGUCGUUGGACGAACACCUUCCCAUCGAUUGGGAUCUGCCUGUCGAAAAGUCGGAUAAACAAAGAGUUCACAGAGGCUGUUAAACGACGUUUUCCCGGCCAAAAGCAACCCUACACCUACAUAAGGACUGUGUACGACUACCUCUUUAUAACCCCUAACAACUUGUACAUCAAGCCCGAGUAUUGCCCAGAUCUGAACUCUUCGUGUGGAGUUGAUAUCUUAGACAUGAGAAGAGAGUUAUUCCCCAAAAAUUGCUCGACGUUCUUUGACAAAAUCUACUUUGCGGAAAAACUAGAACCGGACUGCCACAAAAUAUUCAAGUUUCAUGAGCUGGAAAUGGGUUACUGCUUCCUUGCUAACAAUCUUAUGGACUAUGACAGUACCGAAGACAUGCCUUUGCGAUAUUCCUCCCUGGACAAAUACCGGAAUCUACGAUUGGUUUUGAAAAGUGGCCUCAUUUAUGCGUAUGAAUUAUUCGUGAACAGUCCUGAGGAUCUGCCCUAUUUUAAUGCCGUGAGCUAUGCAGUUUCCACAGAUGCUUCGAUACAUGCCUUCAAUGUCGAGGAGAUUCACAACCAGGACAAUGUCAUUGAGGAGCCCAUUUCCCAAAGGCUUUGCAAAUUUCCAACUGAAAGUGCCAUUGAGGGACUUCCCUACAGUUUCUCGAUAUGCAUGUCUCUCAUCCGAACUAAAAUCGAGAUGGAGCUCUGCAACUGCACUCUAUUCAGUCACAAGGAUCAAACUUCCAAGAACUAUUGCGGAGUGACCAACGUAUCCUGCUUGGAGCAUGGAAGACUGGCCGAAAAAGUGAAGAGCUACGUGGGAGCCAAUAUGGCUUGCUUGCCAUCCUGCAUGGAACAACAAAUUAGCCUGGUCGGGUCCCUAGAUGGAAAAAGUACACUACCCGAAGACGAGGGGUUCGUGGUCGAAGUACAAAUAGCAUCUCCACCCACCGCGAGGUACUUCAGAGCAGUCACCCAGACCAAGCUGGAUCUAAUAGUUGGAAUUGGCAGUGUAAUAGGACUCUUCUUCGGGGCAUCUUUACUUAACAUCUUGGAAAUUGUCUCAUACUUUGUCAAAAAAAUUAAAAUUAUGCUUUUAGGUUAAGAUCGUUAAUACUCUUCAGCUUUCAACUUCGCAGCGGCUUGCACAUUUUUUUUGAAUUUCAUUAAUUAAAUAAAAUAAAAUAAUUGCAUUUGGCAAAGAAAAAUUUA